UAAUAAUUCUUCUGAGAGUGAAAGGAGUCUCCUUUUUGUCUCUUUCUGUCUUCGUUUUCAGAAUUCUAAUCAGACUUAAGACACACAAUUCUCCCCCUUUCAAUUUUUCCGAUUUGCUUCUUUCUUCUCUCUCAAAAAUCUCUCACAUUGCUUUUUCUUGGAGACAAGACUUUGGAUCCAAAUCGACGACACUCUCAAACUAAAUCCAUAUAGAUUCCGAUUGCAGUUUCUUCUUCUUUAAAGUAAAAUUCAGAUUCGCACACCAAGUGUAUGUUGAAAUUCCUCAAAGAGAGAAAAACAAGAUGAAGGAUUUUCCUUCUUGCUUUGGUGAAAAUGGUGUUCAAGUUGCGGAUUCAUCGUCUUCAAACUCCGGUAAAAAUGCUCAGAAUCUGGUUACUUGUAUCUACCAGUGUCGUAUCCGUGGAAGAAACUGUUUGAUCACUGUGACAUGGACUAAGAAUCUGAUGGGUCAAAGUGUAACCGUUGGUGUUGAUGAUUCUUGUAACCAGAGUCUUUGUAAAGUCGAGAUUAAGCCGUCUCUGUUCACUAAACGAAAAGGGUCCAAGAGUUUAGAGGCGUAUUCGUGUAACAUCGAUGUCUUUUGGGAUCUCGCGUCUGCGAAAUUCGGAUCAGGUCCUGAAGCUUUGGGAGGGUUCUAUGUUUGUGUUGUUGUUGACAAGGAAAUGGUUUUGCUUCUUGGUGAUAUGAAGAAGGAAGCUUUGAAGAAGACUAAUGCUUCGCCUUCAUCUUUAGGCGCUGUGUUCAUUGCUAAGAAAGAGCAUGUUUUUGGUAAGAGAGUGUUUGCGACGAAAGCUCAGCUUUGUGCGGAUGGGAAGAUUCAUGAUCUUGUGAUUGAGUGUGACACGAGUGUCACUGAUCCUUGUCUUGUUGUUCGUGUGGAUGGAAAGACCUUGUUGCAGGUGAAGCGGCUUAAGUGGAAGUUUCGUGGCAACGAUACGAUUGUUGUUAAUAGAAUGGCUGUGGAAGUUCUAUGGGAUGUUCAUAGUUGGCUCUUUGGGUUGCCUUCAGCGGGGAACGCCGUGUUCAUGUUGAGGACUACUCAAUCUACCGAGAAGAGCUUGUCUUUCUCACAGGACAUGACAACAACAAACUCCAAGUCUCAAAGUUUUGGUUUUUCGUUGAUUCUGUAUGCUUGGAAGAACGAGUAGAACAAACAAACAAAAAGAGAGAGUUUCUGGGUGCUAACAAAAAAACCUUAAAAGAGUUUGUUGAUUCCUUAUCGACAAUUUUUUUUCUUUAUAGCAUGAUUAAUGAGUUGAUUCAUAAUUGGUUUCUGCAAUAUAUAUAUAUAUCUCCUUACACAAUGCUGGAACCAGUUGAGUCUUGACGAAUGCGAUCUGUGUAUACACAUGUUACUUAUGUCCUAGUUUCUUGUUUCGUUCUUCAGGUGGAUAGUGCGAAUUCUAAUAUGCUCUCUGAUCUUGUAGCUGGUGAACAUUUGGAUGUUUAGCAAACUUUUGCGUAUCUUCUUUAUGAUAACAGAUUGCUCAUAAAAUUUGUUUAUAAAGAGGCAUAUAGAGAUCGCCGGAUUUGUACACCAAGAUUCCUAAAUUGUGUUUCAAAGAUGUUUCUUACCUUUCA